AUGAGUGACAGUGGGGACGCUCAGCAGCCGUCCCAGGGCCGGGACGCGGAUGAAGCCCAGGCGACUCCCCCCAAAACCGACGCCAAGGGGCCGGAGGAGGAAGAAGAAGAGGAGGAACAGGACUAUGUGUCCUUCGAUGCCUCGAAUUUCUACAAGAGCCUGACGGAGGCACAGAAGGACCGAUACGGCGACUACCAGCACGGCGGGUUCGGCCCGCUCUCCGUCCAGGCCAUCAUCGCGGAGGUCUUCGCCGACCAAGCCGGCACCGAGGCGGCCCUCAAGGACAAGGUUCUGGAGGACGCGACCACGAUCCUCGCGCGCGUGACGAAGAUCUUCGUGGGCGAAAUCAUCGAGCAGGCCGUGCUCGCGAGGCGGGCGCGCGGCGAGGACGGGCCCCUGGCGCCGGACGACGUCAUCGCGGUGUUCAACCGCAUGCAGCGCGAGGGACGCAUCCCAUCGAUGCACAAACGCGCCCGGCUGUUUUGA